AUGUUGCAGCAGCGUUCCAACUACGACGGAGACUUCGACUCGUUGCUGAGGGCGGUGGAACGGCUGGCCCUCAACGACGCGGCGAUCGAGUGGGAGAGGGAGCAGAGCCCGGCGCUGGGCAUGGGGCUGAGGAUGGGCUUUCUUGGCGUCCUGCACAUGGAGGUUUUUCACCAGCGUCUUGUCGACGAGUUCGACACUCCGGUUCUCCUCACCACUCCGACGGUUCCCUACCAGAUUCAGCCAUCUGGAGGGCGAGAUCCCGUUACGGUGAUCAACCUUUCCGAUUGGCCCGACCCUUCGAAGAAGGACGGCUUGAAAUUCAAGGUCCUGGAGCCCGUGGUGGACGCGACCAUCAUUACCCCGACGGAAUGCCUGGGGGCAAUGCUUACCUUGCUCAAGAACAGGAGAGGGCGUCAGACUUCGAUAAAGUACCUGGAUGAUGAGCGGGUCUUGCUGGAGUACAAGCUACCGUGGCAGGAAGUCGUGAGUGAUCUCCACGACCAGGCCAAGACGGUUUCGUCCGGGUACGCGAGCUUCGACUACUGCGCUGCCGAGCCCGAGGCUGCGGACCUGGUGAAGGUGGACAUCUCCAUCAACGGGGACUCCGUGGAUGCCCUGAGCUUCGUCUGCCACCGCGACGCCGCGCAGAGGAAGGGGAGGGACGUAGCGAGGCGCCUGAAAGAGGUCAUCGACCGCCAGCAGUUUGAGGUGGUUGUGCACGCGAAGAUGGGGGCGAGGCCCUUCGCCAAGGAGAGAAUACCCCCCUACCGGAAAGACGUACUGAUGAAGUCGGGGAAGUUAGUCGGGGGGGGAGACUCUAGCCGCAAGAAGAAGCUGCUAGACAAGCAGAAGAAGGGGAAGGCCAGAGCCAAAACCGUGGGGCGCGUGCAGCUAAGCCAGGAGGCGUUCUGGGCCGUGCUCUCCGGCGGCAGCGGCACCGGCGGCGCUGGCGGAGGUGGGGGCCGGUAGUACCCGGUAUAUUUUCCUUUCAGGGGUGGCGAACGGCACGAUGAAUGUCGGAAUACUUGGCCGCAAAAGGGGAGCAGACAGAUUGAGAGUGCCUCCGGCAGUUGGUGUGAGUAGAGGCUGGCUCGGUGUUUCUCACCCCUGGGGGCAGUUAGACCACUCAGCGACGAGCGAGCAUUGGUGUGAUGGGGGCACAGGGAACAUGACGGUGGCGGCUUGCAUGUGGUAGACCAGAAGACAUAUGUUUGGUGUCGAUACUAGGAUCGAGCAGGAUGGCAUUAGAUGACUCGUCACCCCUCCUCUUCGGCCUUGUCGCUGAGAAAACCCAAAGCUUGUGAGACUAGAAUUUAAGUCUCAAGGGAGUGCUUCGAACGCAUGUGCCAGUACACCCGGGGUCACGGUGUUCGGGAGUCAGGCAGAAGGCAGCAGGCAUCGCGGUUUCCGAGUUCAGGGUAUCCUGCGAUGUUGACGAGCUUCCGGCAUCAAAGUAGCCCGUGGCGCAUGAGGCCGCACAAGAAGCUAGUCUUGUAGAGGAAUGCGCGAUACCGGAGAAAGACAUGGACAUCCUUGGUGCUUCCUGCGUUCCUCGCUAGUUGUCGAGCAACAUAAUAAAGAAUUGUGUGGUCGCGUAUUAGUUCCCGGAAACAGAAACUCGUGAGGUUAAGCUUGGGAGCUCGGGGUAGGGCGGUCGAGACUGAUCGAAGAAAAAGCGAACGGUAUCAACAUGCCGUAACCACGAGCGGCACGAAACACGAUGGACU